AUGGAGGCGGUACCACCUCGAGAUUUCACCUUAACAGAUGUUCCCACCAUUGGGAUUAACUUGGCACAUGCCAUCUUUAAAUCUUCUAUAAACGUGCGAGUGACUAAGCCUAUGUUUGGCUCAUAUCUCAUUAAGAUCCCAGUAGAGGCUGGAUCUACCAUUUUGAACAGAGCCUGUCGAGAACUUUCUAAUUGGGAUGAAAGAGAAGUAUUGCCUUCUAGUUCAGAGGCAACAAGUGCUGUUACUGAAGCUGCAGCAGCCACACACGGGAUUGAAGUUGCUAUGGGAUUCAAGCCAGUUGAACACCCAACUAAGCCUCUAGACAAUGAUCAACCAAUCCAGUGCCCGUUACCCGAACCCUCAAUUCUUAAUGAUGGAAGAAUGGGGAAGGAGAGAGUGUCUUCAGGUGUUCAAAGGAGGACUGAUAUGCAGGUCAUUUCGAAACCAACAACUCCUGUAGAAUCCAUUACUCCUGGAACAAAACCUCGACCCACUAACCGAGUUACUCUGCCAUCAGUUAGUGCCCCAGAACACAGCAUCCUUAAGCUGCUCGAAGAGUCUGGAUUUUGCGCUCCAUCUCAACCAGUUACGUAG